AUGGCGGUGGCAACUGGAUUCCCGCCCAAAACGCUCUUGGACAAGGACGAAGAGCCGCGUCUCACAGUGGAGCUGCUCAGACAGAUUCAAAGCGACCAGCAGCGUAUCACCCGGUUGCUCUCCGACAGGUUCGAGCCGAACCGCCACGUCCCAGAACUCGCCAAAGAGAUAUGGCAGUCGAAGCACAAUGCCUGGGACGGCUCCAACCAGGAGUACUGGGCGCGCGAGAGUCCAGAUGCCAACCUGGGCCUCGAGUUCCUCAAGACCCUGUGUCCGGGAGGGCAAGUUGCCAGCACAGUCGGCGCCAGUGACAUCGACAUCUCAGAGCAUAUUCAAGGUAUUGAAAGGCGUGAGGAGCAGGGUCGCUGGCUUCAGAAGUUCAGUGGCGGCACGAGGCGCCGCUGGGGCGCAGUCCCGACUCUACAAGUGGCCCUGGCGAAGUUCAACAGGUGGCUCUCCUCCCAUCGCGGUGCCAUUGCUAUGGUAGCUGGCGCACGAGGAGGUGGCGCCGAUGAUGUCUGGCCCGAUGCCUGGUUCGCCGAUCCGCUCGCCGACGAAGCCGGCAACGUGGCCACUACUGCUACUGUGGUUCCGCACACGCUGGAGGACCCCUUCACCUACUACCAUGCUGUAGGGGGCAUGGCCAGACCUGGUGAGGUACAGUCCAAGAUCCCCAUAUGCGGUGUCCUCGAGUCGCCCGGCCACCUCUCGUAUGGCAUGGUGAUGUUCCACAUCCGGUCCUUUGUCGUCGUGGGUCCGGACGAUGGCGUUCUUCCUCCCCCAGAGAAGUGGUUCCGCGGUGUGCGAUGCGUGCGUGAGCGGACUGCGUUCCAGGGUUUCUAUGACGACCAGACUCUGCACCUGGCAGAGAGACGGUACUCGACGGCUCUCAGCAUGUUACCUCUGCAGCAGCCUUCCGGCCACUUCUCGUUGGUGUCUAUUAUCGACGUUAGCGUCGCUGAGGAUCCUGAUCUCGUCUGGGGCAUGGCCCCCGGGUACGAGAGAGUCUACGACAGGCGCAGUGCACCGUGGGAGAGGUAUGGUCUGCAUCCUGCAGGCCUCUACAGCGGCGUCUCGGCGCUACAGCUCCAGGUUUGCUCGUUUCUCGAGAGCUGGGGCCGGGACUGGAACCGCACUAUCGACGCCAUUGACAGCAAGGUCUCGGUGCAGUUAAGACGACUGGUCCUUAAGACGAAAUCCGACGCCUCGGUCCUCUACUUCAAGGUCUUGCAGCUACUCGGCAUCUUUUCCGACGCGGUGUCCGAGGUCGAGGGUGCUCUAGAGGCUCUGGAGAGAGCCUGCCGCAACCCCGAGGUCUUUUUGGGGAAUGCCUUUCACAAGACGUAUCCCCAUACCACCGCUACUAUGCGUGUUCUCGACCAGAAUUGGAGCGUAGCCAAGGCCUUGCAUAAGGAUCUUGCGGGGAGGGUCCAGGAGCGCCUGGAUCGGUCGAAGCACGAGGUUCUCGGUCUUCGUGAUGGCCUCUUCAACGUCCAAUCUGUCGUCGAGGCGCAAAAGAGCUUUGAACUCAACAAGUACCUAUUCGUAUUCACCGUCGUUACUAUCGUCUAUCUUCCGCCAACCUUUGUAGCAAGCUUCUUCGGGAUGGAGAUCUUCAAUGCCGACACCGUUCCCGAGACCCAGACCUUCUUCUGGACGCUCAUCAAGUGGUUCUGCGCGGUCACGUACGUUCUCGCCAUCGCCGCGUUGAUCGGAACGCGUCUGCUCCCGUCAAGUGACAGACUCAAAGCUUGGAACCCGAUCCGGUGGGGCGUCCCAAGUCCUGCAAAUCCCACUCGGGCUGGGGUGACAAUGGGGAGCAAAGCUGCAUGGACAAACCGUGGGGAUGCGAACAUCCUCUUUGCGCUUGUGCGGCACGCAGCCAUGGUUGUAAGUUCUUGGGCACUCGCGGUCCUCAGGGCUUUAGAUCGAGCAGUGCAUCGCAUGGCUUUCUUGUUCUCAGCGCAAGGGACGCAGAAAACGGGGGAGAAGAACGCAGCUGCGAUGCCUGCAGCUAGUGCUGCGUGAUUGGCGUGCUGCGUAUUUCUGCGGACUUUAGGCAUGUUUGCCCGUGGGAUCUCAACACCAGUCAAACACGAGACCUGGCCCGUCGUCCUGAUUACAGCGCAAGGCUGAAGUGAGGCUUGGCUGUCGGUGGAGAAGGAUUUGCGAAACUAGCCUGAUUUCAAUAAGCCAUUCUUGGCAGUGUACAGUAACAGCCAGUUAAAGCACCCGCUGGCGAGUCCGCACGUCAUGUGAAACCCUUGCAAUUGCACUCGACGUCAUUGCUAGCGAAUACAUAUCAAAAGUGGCUGGCCUCGAGAAAGGUACAAAUGAAAUGUCACUG